AUACUCGCUAGUAAUUCACUCCGACUUCGACGACACAUACUGUUAUCCAAUAAGCCAACAAAAUUUGUGCCAAACAAUUAUACAUACAAAUGGCUCAACGAACACAUAGAUACAUAUGUUUGGCGGGUUCCAUGGUGCGCAACUUUCACACGGCGCGAUUUCCACGAUGUGAUAAAGUACCAAUGUCAAAUUUCGAUACCGGAAUUCCGCUGCCCUAUAAGAAGUUAAGGGAAAAUCUGGAUUGCGUCAAGGGCCGACUGGGUGGACCGCUCACCUUGUCGGAGAAGGUGUUGUAUUCACAUUUGGACGAACCGGAUACACAGGAAAUCGAACGAGGCAAGUCCUAUUUGCGAUUGCGACCAGAUCGCGUUGCCCUGCAGGAUGCGACUGCCCAGAUGACACUAUUGCAGUUCAUCUCGUCGGGAUUGAAGAAGGUAGCAGUUCCAUCCACCGUGCACUGCGACCACUUGAUCGAGGCGCAGAUCAGUGGCGACAAGGACUUGGCCAGAGCUAAGGAUCUGAACAAGGAGGUGUACGAUUUCCUUUCCUCGGCGUGCGCCAAAUAUAACUUGGGCUUUUGGAAGCCCGGCAGCGGCAUUAUUCACCAGAUCAUUUUGGAGAACUACGCAUUUCCCGGCCUCCUGAUGAUCGGAACUGAUUCCCAUACUCCGAACGGCGGUGGAUUGGGUUGCCUGUGCGUUGGAGUUGGCGGUGCAGAUGCCGUCGAUGUGAUGGCCAAUAUACCGUGGGAACUUAAGUGCCCAACUGUGAUUGGUUGCCAUCUCACUGGCAAGAUCAGUGGCUGGACUUCGCCCAAGGAUGUCAUCCUUAAAGUGGCGGAGAUACUGACUGUAAAGGGAGGCACAGGUGCCAUUGUGGAGUACCAUGGACCUGGUGUUGAGUCUAUUUCCUGCACGGGCAUGGCUACCAUUACCAACAUGGGAGCUGAGAUCGGUGCCACAACCUCGAUAUUUCCAUUCAACGAACGCAUGGCCACCUAUUUGAGUGCCACCGGUAGAGGUGCCAUCGCUGAGGAGGCCGCGAAGAAUAAGGAUCUUUUGGUUCCGGAUGAGGGUUGCAAGUACGAUAAGGUUAUCGAGAUCAACUUGGACACCUUGGAACCGCUGGUGAAUGGCCCAUUCACUCCCGAUUUAGCCCAUCCCAUUAGUAAACUGGGUGCGAACUCCGAGAAGAACGGCUAUCCGAUGGACAUCAAAGUGAGUCUGAUUGGCUCCUGCACGAACUCCUCCUACGAGGACAUGGGACGAUGUGCCAGCAUUGCCAAUGACGCACUGAGUCAUGGCCUAAAAUCCUGUGUGCCGUUUAAUGUUACCCCGGGAUCGGAGCAAGUUCGAGCUACAAUCGCGAGGGACGGCAUUAUCGAGGUCCUGGAGAAGUUCGGUGGUACUGUGCUGGCGAAUGCCUGUGGUCCCUGCAUUGGCCAGUGGGAUCGCAAGGAUGUGAAGAUGGGUGAAAAGAACACCAUUGUCACGUCGUACAAUCGCAACUUCACCGGUCGAAAUGACGCCAAUCCGGCAACACAUUGUUUUGUUACCAGUCCGGAAAUGGCCACUGCACUGGCCAUCGCCGGACGUUUGGACUUCAAUCCGUUGACGGAUGAGCUAACGGGUAAGGAUGGCAAAAUGUUCAAACUAAAGGAACCGCACGGCGAAGAGCUGCCUAGCAAGGGCUUUGAUCCCGGAGAGGAUACCUAUCAGGCUCCACCCGCGAAAGGAGAUGAUGUCACGGUCAAUGUGGAUCCCAAGUCGGAUCGCCUGCAACUCCUGGAGCCUUUCGAGAAAUGGGAUGGCAAGGACUACAUUGACUUGAUGGUGCUAAUUAAAAUCAAAGGCAAAUGCACCACUGAUCACAUCAGUGCCGCUGGACCCUGGCUCAAGUAUCGCGGCCAUUUGGAUAACAUAUCCAAUAACAUGUUCAUUGGGGCCACAAAUGCCGAAAACAACGAAAUGAACAAGGUCAAAAACCAGAAGUCCGGUAAUUUCGACGCCGUACCAGCGGUGGCUCGGGAUUACAAGGCCAACAAGAUCCGGUGGUGCGCUGUGGGUGAGGAGAACUACGGCGAGGGCUCCUCCAGGGAGCACGCUGCCCUGGAACCUCGCCACUUGGGCGGAGUGGCCAUUAUCGUCAAGUCGUUUGCCCGCAUCCACGAGACGAAUCUCAAGAAACAGGGCAUGCUCGCCCUGACAUUCGCCAAUCCCGGUGACUACGACAAAGUGCAGCCAUCGAGCAAGAUUUCGCUUCUCAAUCUCAAGGACUUGGCACCUGGCAAGCCCGUGGAUGCUGAGAUCAAGAACAAUGGUGGCUCCGACAAGAUCCAGCUGAACCACACUCUCAACGAGCUGCAGAUCAAGUGGUUCCAGGCCGGAAGUGCCUUGAAUCUAAUGAAGGAGCUGUCCGCCAAGGGUGGCGAUAAGAAAUAGUUUUCAUCAAUAUUGAUUUUACUAAAUUACUACGUUUUUUUAUCUUACUAAGAGCGUAACCAGUACUUAAUAGUUUAAGUUGGCAAUCGGAAGAUAAAUAUACCCUUGUACAAUUAUUCCGGAAAUAAAUCAACUUUACAUAAACCGCAGGACACUAUAAUGGUGCAAAGUUUAAUGCCAAAAUGGCACAUGAAAUGCCGAAAAACUAAACCGAAAGCCAAAAUAAUUCAAAACUAAUUAAAAUCCAUUUAAAAUUGCACCCAGCCUGCAAUGCAGAAAAAUAAUAAUAAAUUUUCCGACUUAA